UUAUUCGGCUAAAAUGUUAUCGAAUAUCAUUCUACGGAUUUUCGAUAAGAUAAGAUAGGAAACCCAUUUUUAUUCGCUGUAACUGUUUGGUAGUUAGUCAAUUAUUUUCAGUGGAGCUACAAAGACGAAUCUUUACUGUUACACUUCAGUCAUCUUCAAAUUUAAUGUUAAAGGUUCUACACGAUCAAUGACAGUGAAAGUUAAUGACAUCAUAGAAUAUAAAAAUAAACAAAAAUACGAAAUUGAUUGACGUCGAUUGUAGUUGGAAUCUUAUUAGUGUUUUUAAGAUGAGUAACAACAGAUUUUGGCCACCAAGAGCGGACAUUUACAACGAGAGAUUUUGUUGUUGUAAUACAUCGCAAAUCGAAGCUUUUGUUGUAAUUGGUGUGACAGCUAUUUUAACAUCACUGCUAUGGAGAUCAGCAAUACUCGCACCAAUAAAACUAAUCGCCGUAUUUCUUCACGAAUUUUCUCAUGCAUCAGCCACCUGGUUAACUUGUGGUGAAGUGUUGAAAAUCGAGGUGAAUGAAGAUUUCGGUGGUGUUACUCGAAGUCGAGGUGGAGUGCGAUGGGUAAUUCUUUCUGCCGGAUAUACAGGAUCCGUGGUCUGGGGUUCGUUUUUCAUUCUUAUGACAUGGGAUCGACUACCGACUAGGAUCGCCGCUGGAGUGUUUAUUGUGGCUUGUCUUAUAACCGCAAUUGUAUUGCAUAUCAAGCAAUCAACGUUGUGUGGAAUGAAAUGCUGCUUUGGACUGACAAUGAGAUUCUUGAUUCUUCUUGUGGCUGCCAUUCCAGCUGGACUUUGGGUCUUGGAAGAAUUUGUUACAAUGAGCAUUCAUCCAUUACGUUGGGUCAUGUUGGCUAUUGGUACAAUUUGUACUCUACACGCACUUUACGACUGUGUUCACGACGUAUUAUGCAAGAGUAUAAACAAUGCUGCACAAGGGAAAUCGGAUGCGGUGAUGUUUGCGGAAGAAUUUUGUGGAACAUCUAGAUGCUGGGGACUGUUAUGGUCUUUAAUCGCUAUUGCAGCGGUUGGUCUGUGCAUGUUUGGCAUUACAGUUUUAUCGGGAAGUUGUUUGUAAACGGGUUUGUUGAAAAAAAAACGAAAUGAUCGGAAAUGAUAAAGGAUAAUUUUGGUGAAAAUUUUUGAAGCUCUGUGGUGUGAUAAAAGUUUUAAAUGUUUUCUGGCUUCCUUAUAAAGAACUUGUGAAAAGAGUGGGACAUGCCUACAAAUAUGUUAUUUAUUUU